AUGGCCGGCCAUCGAUUUCGGAGAGCGCCUCCGCUCCUUCUGGUGACCCUCUGCGCCUCGCUGUGGCUUGGCCUGCUCUCCUUCCCGGCCUUCGCAUCCCCUGCGAAAGGGAAGAAGCAAGAACAGGUCAGCAUGUUCGACAUGGCAACGAGUGCCAGGAAAACAAAGUCGAAGCCCAAGUCAAGGUCAAAGCCGGGCAAGGGCAUGACCAAAGCCAAAUCAGCGAAGGCUAAGGUGAAGCCUUUUCCAAGCAGCGCAGGGGACUCCUUCCUGCCGGCACAGGGGGCCUGCGUAUUCUUGUCAUUUCUGCCUGUGCAAUAUCCAACUGAGCAGCUUGACCUUGAAAAGAUACUGUUUUCGCCAGACUCCACCUUCAAGAUUGGUCUCGGCAUCAGCAUAGUGGGAUUCCUGAUCGGCUUGGUCUCCAUCGUUACCGUCACGGCAGCGAUGGAGGAUAAGAGUGGCCGAUUGGCGACUUCGGGCCCCUUCGCCGUUGUAAGGUCUCCAACCUACGCGGGCUUCAUCAUCAUGUGCGCGGGCGCCUGCGUCAUGGCGAACCUGAGCCCUGUCCGGGCGCUUUUCACGGUGGCCUUGGCCGGCGUUUUGGCGCUGAAGCUGGCUGAGGAAGAGGAGGCCUUGAAAGAGGCACGGCCGGAGGAGUGGACGCGAUACGCAAAGCAGGCGGUGCCCAAAGCGAGGCGGCAGGCGGACUACACAUCCUUUUAUGAACUUUAUGCUAUCAGUGAAACUGCUCCGGAAGUCUCUGCUCUGGAGCUGGGAGAAGCCUUCGAGCCGGCUGGGCGUCAGGCUGACAAGAGUCAACGGGCAUGUACUGUAGGCUCUUCGAAUGGAGCGGUGAUCGCCGUGGCUUUGCCGGUCAUAGCUUUGAGGACCGUGUCGAGCCGGCGGUCGGUGAGGGCACGGGUAACACCCCAUGUCCGCCGGGCUGCUGCUGGCUUUGCCGUCGCCCCACCCAGGCAGCGAGCCCGGCGUGGGCCGAAGGGCGGCUUCGCCAAGGAGGCCAAGCUGAGGAGCUGGUUGAAGCAGCUGGGCUGCGUCGGCGUGGACUUGAUCGAGCUCGGGCAGAAGUCCGGCGUGUGGCUGAAGCCCGACCUGAGCAGCGAGCAAGAGGCCGCUGUCAAAGAAGGAAGGAUCGUCUUAGAGGUGCCGCGGCAAGCUUGGAUCCAAGCAGACCCGACGGCCUCCAGUGACGCCGACAUCGAGGAGUUGCUCGCUGCCGAACUUCUGAAAGAAAGAGCCAAAGGGCCUUCUUCGAUUUUCGCGCCGUAUGUCGACUUCUUGUGGAGCAGGGAUCUUUCCCACCAUCCCAUGUUCUGGACGCAAGAAGAGCUCUCCUGGCUAUCAGCCUGCAAUGGAGCACAGACUGCGGUGUUGGCGAUGCAGGAGCAGGCGGAGCGUCGCCGAGCCAAGCUUUGCGAGCGGCUGGACAUCACCGUGCCAGAGGAGGACGUCCUUUUUGCCCUCUGCCUAGUGGAGAGCAGAGCAAUCCAGACCGAUGGGGUUUGCGGUGCAUUGGUGCCGCUUCUGGAUCACUUGCGCAAUGAUUCGACUGCCGGACCUGCUCUGAUUGUUGGAGAUGAAGGUGUCGACGGCGGUCCAAUGGUGGGUGUGGCGCUUCACGAUCUGGAGCCUGGAACGGAAUUGCGAAACUGUUUCGAGCCCGCGAGUAACCUGGAGCUGUUCACCCAAUAUGGUGAGGUGCAGAUCAAAGACACAUCCGCGGACGAAGAUGCCGUUCCCGAGGCUAACGCAUUUAAUUACGUCCAGCUUCCAAUCAAGGUUCCUGCAGAGCAGUGGCGGGCGAGUUCAGAUUCACUGAAGAAGGUGAAGCUUGACAUUUUGCGCCGGCGUGCUGGUUUCGACUUCAGCCGGGAAGCUGAUGGCUCGGCCGCUCCCUUCAUGCGUCUUCCCAUGGAUGCCAUGGUGACUGGUCGCCUCUUGCCGGCGGCCCGAUUCAUUUGCAUGCCGGUGCCGCCGCAGAGCAUGGAGGAGACGUGUGACGAGCUUUUCACGAACCUCUUUGCAGACUGUGAUCCCAGCCUUCUUCCUGGGAGUGAGCUCGAGUGGGGCGGCCAUUCUGCGAGUUCGCGAGCACCGCCAAGAGAUGCUGACGAGUUGGCCCUGGAAGUCAAGGCUCGGGUCCUUGUGGCCGAGUGGUUUGAGAACAGCCUGCGGGGCUACAACAAGAUGUCCGAGAAAAUCGCACAGGAGCUGGAAGACACAUUGGUUACUUCGCCCGGAUCUCCGACUGGGCCUGGGGAUAGCAGCCAGCUACAACUGGCAGAAAUUACUUACGCCUACUACAAGGCAAAGCGUAAAGAUGGCAGGACAGGGAAGAGUCGAGCACCAAAGACGUGCCGAGUACUCUCCUCUCGUCCCAGGGACAAGACGGUCAUAGUUCAAUUCCUGGAGAAUGGCGUGAGGCACACAAUUCCCGAGGACUGGCUGGUUCGUGAGGCUGACAAAGGUUCAGCCGCUGCGGAGCAGGGUGGGCAGAAGCUGGCUUCUGCCCAUCGGGCACGCGGCCUCCUGGCCAUGGCUCUCCUGGGCAGCCAGUCUUCCAUCAUCCAGGCUUGUUACGAGAUGCUGCUGAAUGUGCUGCAGAUUGGUCAGGGAAUCCUUGACUGCAAACAAGAGCAAGAACGGAGAUCCAUGGUCCAACAGCUUCAGCAGGCUUGGCAGGAGGAGUACGACAUGCUCCUCCAAUGUCAGUCUGAGAACCCAGCGCUUGCCGAGAUGGCAGCGAUGCGGAAGCAGCUGAUCGAGUACCUCGAGGCAAACAAGGGCUUCGAGGACUCUGAGGUCCUGUGCAAGGACAAAGGUUGGGACCACGAAGUGCUUGUGGGCGCCAUCAAGUCCUUGCAGGCUGAGGAGCAGGUCACCGCGGAGCCCAUCAAGCGCGAAGGCUGGAAGCUGACCGAGGAGGGCGUCCAGUACAUGGAGAAGGGAAGCCCGGAGUUCCAGGUUUUCAGCUUCAUCAAGUCGAGGGGCUCCGUCCCGAAUGCAGACGUGGAUGCCGCUCUUGGUGCCGUUGCCAAGAUCGGCCUCGGGACUUGCAUGAAGAACAAGUGGGUCUCCAUCGAUAAGGCCACCAAGGUCUGCACGCCCUCCGUGGAUUCCGUGGAGGACGGCGUCCAGAAAGAGCUCUCGUCUUUGAGCACCUUAGACAAGGCGAAGCUGGAUGCGCUCAAGAAGCGCAAGCUCAUAGCGCCAACGAGCCUGACGGCCUUCAAGGUCGAGAGGAGCGACAAGUUCUCAGCUUCGUCUCAGAAGGCAGUUGCCGACCUGACGGCCGAGAUGAUUCAGAAGGGCACGUGGAGCAGCACCACUUUCAAGCCCUUCAACCUAACAAACGUCAGCGGUGUGCCUUGCACUGGUGGACACCUGCAUCCCCUCAACAAGGUAAAGACAGAGAUGCGCCAAAUUCUGAUGCAGAUGGGCUUCGAGGAGAUGACCACAAAUCAGUGGGUGGAGAGUUCCUUCUGGAACUUUGACGCUCUUUUCCAGCCACAGCAGCAUCCAGCGCGGGAUGCCCACGACACCUUUUUCAUGGAGGAGCCCAGCAGGGCGCAGGACAUCCCGGAAGAGUACCUUGCGAAAGUGAAGGAAAUGCAUGAGAAGGGUGGCCAGGGAUCCAUCGGAUGGCGCUAUGACUGGAGCGAGGAUGAAGCGAAAAAGACUCUCCUCAGAACACAUACGACGGCCGUGUCAGCCAGGACGCUUUACAAGUUGGGUGAGGAAUAUCGGAAAACAGGCGUUUUCCGGCCCAAGAAAUAUUUUUCCAUUGAUCGAGUCUUCAGAAAUGAGACACUCGAUGCCACACACUUGGCCGAGUUUCAUCAAAUCGAGGGCUUCGUAGCGGACCGUAACAUUGGCCUGCCGCAGCUCAUUGGAACCUUACGUGACUUCUUCAGCCGCAUUGGCAUCUCGAAGCUGCGUUUCAAGCCAGCGUACAACCCCUAUACCGAGCCCUCCAUGGAGAUUUUCGGUUUCCACCCGAUUCUCAAGAAGUGGAUUGAGGUGGGCAACAGUGGUGUCUUCAGACCAGAGAUGCUGCUGCCGAUGGGCCUGCCGGAAGACGUUUCUGUCAUUGCUUGGGGCAUCGGUUGUGAAAGAUGGACAGCGCUGCUUUACAACAUCCGCAUGAUCAAGGAGCUCUUCAGCUUCCAGCAAGAUGUGUCGGCGACAAAGAAAAACCCGAUGUGCUGGCUCCGUCGCGCGGAGGAUUAG